AUGGCAGUAGUUCUGGAGGAUGACAGGUUUAUCAAUCUGCUUUUCGAUCAUGGCGCAGACGUCAAUCUCGCUACUGAUCCUUGGGGAAAUGACGACGACGAUGAGGAUACUCCUGGCAAUUUCAUCACCGCACUGCAGUGUGCGGUAGAGGAGGGAUCUAAUGAGAGAGUUCAAAACUUGCUUCAAAGAGGCGCUCAUCUUUCAGUGACCAUUGAAAACGCAAUGUUCUGCUCCGCACUACAAGCUGCAUCAUUUGUUGGUGAUGUGGAUAAAAUUCGUAUCUUAAUCGACGCGGGGAGUGAUGUUAAUCAGGUCGGUGGUUUAUAUGGCACAAGCCUACAGGCCGCUGCAUCCCAAGGAAACCAGGAAGCCUUCGAGAUGUUGAUUGAAGCUGGUGGUGAUAUCCAUGCAUGUGAAGUUGGCAAAUAUGGUAGUGCAUUGAUGGCAGCGAUUAAAGGUGGCUACGAUGAAGUUAUCCGUGUCCUAGUCAACCGAGGAAUUGACGUCAAUUGCCCUGUUGGGCCACCCUUUCAAUAUCCGCUCACGGCAGCUGCCACUCAUGAUCGGGACAGCACUAUCCAGAUUUUGCUUAAUGCUGGCUCCAACGUGAAUAGCCAAGGGGGUCUCUAUGCCACUGCUCUACAAGCAGCUGCUGCUAAAGGCCAUGAUGAAAUUGUUCGUCUGUUGCUUGAGCAUGGAGCGGACCCUAAUAUUGUUGGUGGCAGGUUCGGCACCGCGCUACAGGCUGCGUAUGGAAAGGGAUACUAUCUUGUCAUAUUUGAUCUCCUGAACGCUGGCGCAUCAGUUCACCUUGAGGGUGGACAUUAUGGAACGGCUUUGGGCGCUGCGCUUGGAAAUUCUUGUUCAACCUUGGUUUCAAACCUCCUUCGACAUCAAGGUGCUGAUCCAAAUGCCCCAGUUCGAAAGUAUGGGACACCACUUCAACAAUGCCUAAGGUUUAGAACAGAUGAUUCCGUUUUCGAAAUCUUGCUUGAUGUGGGAGCAGAUGUGAAUGCACAAGGUGGAAUUUAUGGUAAUGCGCUCAUAUGCGCGAUUUUGCAUGAAGAGGAUGCAGUCUCGGCGUUGUUGGAUGCUGGUGCCGACGUCAACCUGGAAGGAAACGUGGUAUAUCCUACCGCAGUUCAUGCAGCAGCAGAAUGGGGGCGGUUGUCGACUCUUCGACUCUUAGUAAAAAAGGGGGCUGACCUAAAAAGGUCGAAUGGAUUAUCUGGCUCACCCGUGGAAUACGCUUCAUCCACCCGCAAUAAUUUCUCGGUAUUUUCCUACCUACUCAGGCGAGGGGCAUCAAUCGAGCCUACUGGUAAAGAAAAGCACCACAACGCACUGCAGGCCGCUAGUCUCAGUGGAAAUAAGGCGAUCGUGAAGGCUCUUCUUCGUCGCGGGUUUGACAUCAACACGACCGGUGGAAAGUUCGGCACGGCAUUGACAGCUGCUAUUGUGUCAGGCAAUCUUGAUAUUGCAAGAUUCCUUCUGAAGAAAGGAAUUAAUCCCAAUGCUCCAGGUGGUAUAUAUUCUGGUGCAUUACAGGCGGCAGCUGCCAGUGGAUCCAUUGGUGGCGUUCGCCUUCUACUCAGAUAUGGUGCCAAUAUCCACAUAACUGGGGGGAAAUACUUCACGGUUUUACAGGCGGCUGCCGUGUCUGAAAACUCUGAAGUGCUUGUACUUCUUCUUGAACAAGGCGCUGAGGUGAAUUCUGUUGGUGGAUACUGUCACUCUGCCCUGCAUGCAGCCGCAUUGUAUGGCCGAGCCGUGUCCUGUGAGCUCCUGAUGAAGAAAGGGGCACACUGGAGUCUAGUGGACCGGAAGUCUAGUCAUUUGGCUGAGUGGAGACUGGAUCAUGCUUGCGAGAUUCUACAAAACUGCCGGGAGCGACAAGAGCGCGGUUGGCCGAAGGAAGAUUCGGAAGGUGAGGACUCAGAUGUGGAAGGCGAUGAAAUCGAUGAAGAUGAGGACGUGGACGAUAGUGAUGAAGAUGAGGAUGAGGAAGAUAGUGAUGAGGAGCAGGAAAAGGAAGAUGCCGGUGAUGACGAUGACGAUGACGAUGAUGACGAUAAUGCAUGGAAGGCAAAUGUGGAGGAUAUUCCUAUGUUCGAUCUCCCUUAUCGCCCCAUUGCAAGUUCUUAG